CGAGUCCCAGCAAAAUAGGUAACUUUUUCUUUAGCGACAAUUUUCUUGGUCACUAGUUAAAGAAACCGACAACUCAACUUACAAAAAGGACAGCGUUAGCUAAAUCGUAAAGAGAAUGAAUGAAGAUUCCAAAUACAAGUUCAGCAUUCACCAAAAUUCCUUUGAGAAAUCACUACUCAACAAAGUCCAACCUCACAACAUGGUUCAACAAAUACGUAGACAAGUCCAACGUCUCCUCUUGGAACUCAAUCAUCGCCGAGUUAGCUCGCGCUGGCCACUCAGCCGAAGCUCUCCGAGCCUUCUCUUCAAUGCGCAAGCUUUCUCUUAAACCAAACCGCUCCACUUUCCCUUGCGCUAUCAAAUCUUGUUCUGCUUUACUCGAUCUUAACUCCGGCAAACAAACCCAUCAGCAAGCUUUGAUCUUUGGCUAUGACUCUGACCUCUUUGUAUCAUCCGCUCUCAUCGAUAUGUACUCAAAAUGUGGGCAAUUGAGAGACGCCAGAAUAUUGUUCGAUCAAAUUCCUCAACGAAAUAUCGUAUCUUGGACUUCGAUGAUUACUGGGUAUGUCCAAAACAAUAGUGCUCACCAAGCUUUAUUGCUCUUUAAAGAGUUCUUGAUUCAGGAAAGGGAAAAUGAUGGAAAUGUUGCAAAUGAACAAGUUUUUAUUGAUUCAGUAGCAAUUGUUUCUGUGCUUUCGGCUUGUUCUCGUGUACCUAUAAAAGGAGCAAGUGAAGGGGUUCAUGCGAUGGUUAUAAAGAAGGGAUUUGAUGGAGAAGUGGGUGUUGGAAAUACACUGCUGGAUGCAUAUGCUAAAAGGGGGGAUGUGGGUCUGUCUAGGAAAGUGUUUGAUACGAUGGUUGAGAAGGAUGAGGUUUCUUGGAAUUCUAUGAUUUCUGUUUAUGCUCAAAAUGGACUGUCUACAGAGGCUUUGGAGGUUUUUUAUGGAAUGGUAAGAGAUAGUAAUGUCAAUUAUAAUGCCAUUACACUUUCUGCUGUGUUGUUAGCUUGUGCUCAUUCGGGGACUUUGCAAGCCGGGAAGUGUAUACAUGAUCAGGUUAUAAAGAUGGGUUUGGAGGAUAAUGUGAUAGCGGGAACGUCCAUUAUUGACAUGUAUUGCAAAUGUGGGAGAGUUGAAAUGGCAAGGAAGGUAUUUAGUUGCAUGAAAGAGAAGAAUGUCAAGUCAUGGACUGCCUUGAUCGCUGGUUAUGGAAUGCAUGGUCGUGCCAAAGAAGCUAUAGAGGUCUUCUACGAGAUGAUAAGUGCUGGGGUCAGACCAAAUUACAUAACGUUUGUGUCAGUUCUUGCAGCUUGUAGCCAUGCUGGUUUGGUACAAGAGGGCUGGGAUUGUUUUAAUGCAAUGAAGGAUGAAUUCAAUGUAGAACCUGGGCUGGAACAUUAUAGUUGCAUGGUUGAUCUUCUUGGACGAGCUGGAUAUGUUAGCCUUGCUUACAACUUGAUCAGGCAAAUGAAGGUGACACCUGAUUUUAUAAUCUGGGGUUCACUUCUUGCAGCUUGUAGAAUUCACAAGAAUGUGGAGCUUGCAGAGAUUUCUGCCAAUAAAUUGUUUGAAUUAGACUCAAAUAAUUGUGGGUACUAUGUCUUACUUUCUAACGUAUAUGCUGAUGCUGGAAGGUGGGAAGAUGUAGAGAGAAUGAGGCUUCUUAUGAAGGAUCGUGGACUGGUUAAACCACCUGGAUUCAGUUUGGUUGAACUGAAAGGUAAGGUUCAUGUUUUCUUGAUUGGUGAUAAGGAGCAUCCUCAACAUGUGAAAAUAUACGAGUAUUUGGAAGAGCUAAAUGUGCAGCUGCAACAAGUUGGCUAUAUACCCAAUAUGACAUCAGUUCUCUAUGAUGUGGAUGAAGAAGAGAAAGGAUUGACCUUGCGGGUUCAUAGUGAGAAGUUGGCGGUUGUCUUUGCAAUCAUGCAUACAAUUCCUGGUGCAACAAUCCAUGUUAUGAAGAAUCUCAGGAUUUGCGGGGACUGUCAUAAUUUCAUUAAGUUAAUUUCAAAGAUUGUUGAUCGGAAAAUUGUUGUAAGAGAUUCAAAGCGAUUUCACCAUUUUAAGGACGGAUUCUGUUCUUGUGGAGAUUAUUGGUGACAUAUGCAUUGUUGGAUAACCAAAAUUGAAGACUAAGAUGCCAACUGUGAGCUUCAGGCACCUUUGACUUGAUUGACAAUGUUUUGAUCUUGGCUCUCUAAAUGAUUUGGGAUGUGAGAAAUUGCAUAAUAAUUUGACUUUGAAGUCCAAAAAAAGUUCUCAGAUGCUCCACUAGCAAGACUUGAUAUCAAUUGGCUUUACCACAUCACCUUCUAACAGUGUGAGUUCAGCUGAGUUAAAUGCUUGAUGGAUUGGUUAUUGAAUCGACAGAAGAGUAAGACGUUAACAGGUGAGAAAGCUGUGAUUCUUGCCUCCCGAGUAUCAGAUUGUUUGUCAAAUUGAAACGCAUUCCCUUUAAUGUGGGGCAAAUAAACGUAAUAUAGCUAGCUUGGUUUGGUUUGCUCUUCAAAAUUAAAAAAAGUGAUAAAAGCUGUUUUUAGUAGCUAGCUAGCUUUCAUUAUUAAUAAAAAGAUGAACAAAAUUGAAGUACAAGUUUUUACAUAUUGCGUGAAAAGCCAAUGGAAGCG